UUCACAUUUACAAGACAAACCACAGCUGCAGCACUCACACUGCACUCAUCAUCUAUUACCAGCAUUUUUUUUCUCCAUUUCUUUUAUUUUUCUGUACUUACUAUGAUGCUAAGGGAUCACACAUGUGGAUGGUCUCUUUUCUUCCUUGCUGCUGUUAUUCCAGAUGUCCACCUCCAGAGAAAUGACCACUCCUUCCCGCCUGCUUCUGAGUUCUCCUCUGAGGUGCAGAUCUACCGGCCGGUGAUGCAGCACUCUGAGGCCGUUCCUCCAAUAGGGACCUACAUGUUGAAAAACCUUGUUGGGGAACCCUGUAUCAAAGCCACCAUGGGAGCAGAGUACAUUGUCAUUGAAAAGAAGAAGACUUGGUAUUUCAACCUGGAUCCCUCCAGAGUCACAGCCGGUGGUUACUGUGGCAAAGAAGCUGCUGUUCUCAAGCUCAUGCUGCCAGACAAUGCCGCCAGUCUGCAGUUCACCUUCAAAAAGGAAGAGAAUAUUUCCUACAUCGACAAACUGACUGUUCAUGUGUCUCCUCUGCCUGUCUGCCAAGGAUGUGCCAAUAAGACUUACUCAGGUUUGGUGGUCAAUGACAAGCUGUUUGCAGCCACUACUGGACAGAGCUUCAAGUGCAACUCUGAGAAGCUGCUUUUGAUGUCGUCGGAGCUGAGGAUCAAGCUGGUUCCUCUGCAGAUCCAGGCCUUCACUCUGCCCAAAGGACAGUAUGGAAAAGAGGUGGAGUGUUGGGCCGACUUUAGCCAGCGAGCCGUCCCCAUCAUAGUCGGGGCCACGGUGGUGGGUCUCGUUCUGAUCACUGUGCUGACCUUGCUGUUCAUCAGAGACCGCCGCCACAGAGAAGGAUACGAAAGGCUCUGAGGUCGUUGUGAAAACUGGGUGAAGAUAUACUCCGUCUGAUAGAAUUUUUAAAACAUACCUACUGUUACAAAAAGUUCUUAAAAUUGCUCUCCUUAACUUGAAAAUAUAUGUUUCGCUCCUGGAAUUCUUCUAAUAGAGAAGA